AGAAGGUGGGAGAAAGCAGCCCCGGGGAUUGGAAUACAGAUGGUUAACGUGAUUGUGCUCUGAUGAGGGUGGUUAUUUCAAAGGUAUGUUAACCUACCGUACACACGUACACACACACGUACACACACACACACACACACACACGGCUUGCUUCAGGCAAAGGUAAACUUUUUACUUAAGAAUUCAUAUGCCUGGCGCAUAACACCCACCAUGACCUGCCCAGUUAAAGGACUAUGAUCAGGUCACCCUGGCCGAUUACUUCCCGUAGAACCCCUUUUCCAUCCACUUUCAUGUGACUUGCAAAUAUUUUCUCCCAUUCUGUGGUUUGAAGCACAGAAGUUCUGCACUAGGUAUGACACAAGAAAAUAAAAUAGAGACUGCCCUGGUUUUGCAGGGCUUCCCUUUAGAAGACACCCUGGGAGUCACAGGGGAGGGCUGGGGGGAGUAGGCCACCCAGCAAGCGGUGAUGUCAGGGCCCACUGGAGAGGCCCUCAGGAGGCAGAGUGGACGGGUCUGGGUGACUGAUGGAGGCCGAGGGAGAGAGACGCCCUGUAGUGAGGACAGAGCUUCCCCAGAACUAUCAGAGGAGCUGGCUGAGGCUUCCCCUUCCGGCCCUGGCGUAAUGCUGGCUCUGCCUGGGUCUGGCUGAUUAUCCACUGAGGGGGGUCGAAGGCCUGGGGGAGCCCCAUGUGACGGCGGGAAGGGCAGCCACCUUCCUGCUCCUCCUUAGGCCCUGGCCUCUCCUGGGUGUGACCUGCGAUUUCUGGAGAUAGGUCAGGUCACAGUAUCCUGAAGGAGCUAAACGGGACACGGCAUAAACCUUAAUUAAGGGCCUUCUCAGCCAGGCCUGUGCUGGGCCCUGUCCUUGCCCUCAGGAAGCUUGAGUCCAGAAGGCACCAGGGUGCCACGUGUUACAAGGGUGCUGGCGAGCUCAGGCCAAGGAAGGCCCCGAAGAGGAACUAUGUCCUGAGCAGUGACAGAUAAGGAGGUGGGCGAGCCAUCUGCAAACGAAGAACGCAAAGGAGAAAGCAGUGCCGGUGGAGCGAGACGGGAGCCCCGGGGUCUGGGUGUGAAUCCUACUCCCAGACUCCCAGCUGCGCACCUCCUCAGCCCGCAGUGAGGAGGGUCCUCAAAAUACACCUGGACCUGGGGGACUGUGAGGACCGAGCAGUACAUCAAGGCCUGCAAGACGGGCAACAUGGACCAGGCCCUGUCCCUAUGGUUUCUCCUGGGCUGGAUCGGUGGAGACUCCUGCAACCUCAUCGGCUCUUUCCUUGCUGACCAGCUGCCCCUGCAGACCUACACGGCGGUGUAUUACGUCCUGGCAGACCUGGUGAUGCUGUCCCUUUACUUUCACUACAAGUUUAAGAAUCGCCCCUCUCCGUUGUCUGCCCCCAUCAACUCCUUGCUCUUGUUCACCCUGGGACUGGUGUGUGCCACCCCGCUGCUGAGCAGCACUGCCUCUAUGGCUGCCCCGAGGGAGGGCUUCCAGGGCCGGAAGCUCCUGUCUGUGGAGCCAGGCAAUAAGCCCUUCACUCGGCAGGAGAUCAUUGGUUUUGUCAUCGGUUCCAUCUCCAGCGUACUGUACCUGUUCUCCCGGCUGCCUCAGAUCCACACCAACUUCCUGCGGAAGUCGACCCAGGGGAUCUCCUACUCGCUGUUCGCCUUGGUGAUGCUGGGGAACACGCUGUACGGGCUGAGUGUGCUGCUCAAGAACCCCGAGGAGGGCCAGAGCGAGGGCAGCUACCUGCUGCACCACCUGCCCUGGCUCGUGGGCAGCCUGGGCGUGCUGCUGCUCGACGCCAUCAUCUCCAUACAGUUCCUGGUGUACAGGAACGCCGCCACGUCCACAGAGCACCAGCCCCUCCUCCCCGGCUGACCAGGACCCAGGCCGAGCCCAGAUGACCAGGACUGCCAGCUACCACUCAGUCAGUGCCGAGGACCCUGGACGAGGCUGUGGAGGAAGCCAGGGUCGGGGGGGCCUGGUCCUCCUGACCCAGCUGCCUACCCCCAUGCCUCCUGGGCUGACUCUUCCAGGAGCCAGACGGCCCCAAGGGGAAGAAGGUGGAGAAUCAGGGAUGGGUGGGCAGAGGCCACUGGGAGCUCAUCCCCCAGGGCCUGAGGCAGCUGCCCUGGGAGCUUUGGUGGAGGGGCUGCAGCGGAGCUCACCCCUGAAAAAGCAGGGCAGCUGCCCCUCGCUCACCUACCUCAUUGUGUGCCCCCCCCCGGGGAGUGCCCCGCCGUGGCCUGGUGUACCCAGACUGUCCUGCGGCCUGCAGCCAGCCCAGUAAACCGUGCUUCCCAGCGA